AUGUAUACUAGUGGCGUUGCUAGUAUGAAGUAUGAUAUUAUAAAUAUUGUUAUGGGGAACAUAAUCGGCGGGAGUGGUAUGUGGCCGUCGGUUAUGUAGGUGUGGCUGGGGAUCCGGGUUGGUGGGGGACCACUAGACAGGGGAGGAGGGAGAAACGGGGAGGUGGCUGGGGGAUGGUAGGAACGGGGAGGAAGAGCCGCUGGGAGUGGGUGGGAAGGUAGAUUAUGAAGCGGGAGGUUAUCGUCUUUUCGGGUGUCUUUUACGAGGGGGAUUUCGCUGGGGAGAUGGGUCUCUUUGCGGCUCAUGGCUCUGUUUGAGAGCUUCAUUAGAUAGUUUUUCCAUUUUAGUGGAUGGGGUUCGAAAUUUGGGUUUAGCUCUCUUGUGGAAAGUGUUUCCGGGGUUUUAUUGAGUGUAGAGGCCGGCUUUGCAGGGCCCCAUUGGAAGGAGAAGUCCUACGAGGAUUGGACGGGGAUUUUGCUCUUUUUGGCCAAGUCUAGGGCGAUAGCGCUCAAGGAGUCUGAGAGAGAUUGUUUAGUGAUUGGUGGGGGCUCGGCCGAUAGGAUUUUCUCCUUCUACGAGAUGCCUAGCCAGGCUUCGACUGUACGGGGCACCAGGGAGCACUUUUGACCGGCCAUUUAGUCUUGGCUAAGCUUACCGGAUGGUAGUUUUUUUGCCUUGCCCCCUAGCAAACUAUGAAGUGGCCCUAGAACUUGGAGUCCUGGUGGGAACUCCAGCUUGUGAGUGGGCUCAUGAAGUCUAUUGAGUUCCACAUCGCCGGGGACCACUCGUAUCGGCUACCGGGAGGUGAGCGACCCGAUACCCCAACGGUAAAGGCCCGGUUCAGAGCCACUGUCCCGGCGCAUUCAGCUUCUAGCUCAGCGUGGUAG